UUACAAAAAAUAUUGCACAAAAAAUGCUGUUGUUCCUUAGAACACAAAUAUUUCUGCUCUUCGUUGGGUUUUUCAAUUUUGGGCAUUGUCAAAUAUUUCGAGUCAUUUCCUAUCGCCACGAAUUGGAUGCCAACUACAUCAAAUGGACAACUUUGGAUUUGUUCAAUCAAACCAUCAAUGGUUGCGUUGUCCUUGCCCGGGACAUGGAAAAGUUUCUUCUGAGAAUUGAAGCUGUAUCGAAGACCAAGAAAAAUGCCAAACCUUGGACUCUAUUCAAUAUAACCGUGGACGGCUGUUCCGUGCUGGGCGAUGGUAGGAAAAACAAACCUAUCUAUUUGGUUGACACAGUUGUUCGGGCGGUAAAAAAACAGAAUCCCCGAAUGCCUCAACAGUGUCCCAUGAAAAAGGACACUGAAUACUGUUAUGAUAAUUUUACAAUGAGCAGUAUUAAGUUCACGCAUGUACUUCCCCAUAUAGAGGCGAACAUCAAUAUUUCCUUGUGGCGUAUGAGUGUUGCCAGUAGGGGAACUUUGAAUUAUCUAUAA